GCAAGCAACAGAAAGUUAACUAAACUGGGAAUCUGAGAACUCACAAAAUUCCCGGUUCAAGCUUUUUCUUUAUACCAUUUCCACUGGAAAUUUUCCUUGUUAUUCGUCCCUCUCUUUCCCUGCAAAACCCUAAAACCCUCAUCCCCAACAAUUCUUUCUCCCACAAAUCAUGGAUGAAUCUUUCUUGCUAAUGCUAUCAAAUCUUCUCCACCUCCAUAACACUUUGGACCCAACUACAUCCCUUAUUUCCUCCCCUUCCACUCCCUCCGUUUCCUCUCCUUCGCUUUCCUCUCCCUCCCCUUCCUCCCUCCUCUCUUCCUCCUCCGCCGCCCCUCUCCUUUUCUUCACCCUCGCCUCCCUCCUUUCCUUCCUCGCUUCCUCCAAACCCCGCAAGCUGAAUCCCGACGCCUCCUCUAAUAACAACAAUACGACCAAUCCUUCUGAUAAUUCCGUUCCUCCUGCUGCCUCUGAUAAUCCUGCUCCAUCUGAUACCGCUGCUUUCUCCGUUGCUGCCUUCCGCGCACUUUCUACCGAGCACAUCUGGUCCUUGGAAGCCCCUCUUCGCGAUGCCCACUGGAGAUCGCUGUACGGACUCUCGUAUCCGGUUUUUACUACUGUUGUUGAUAAGCUCAAGCCCCAUAUUACUGCUUCCAAUCUUUCUUUGCCCUCCGAUUAUGCUGUGGCCAUGGUACUUUCGCGGCUUGCUCAUGGGUACUCCGCGGCGACCCUUGCUUCUCGGUACUCUCUUGAGCCUUACUUGAUUUCCAAGAUCACUAAUAUGGUAACACGUUUGUUGGCUACUAAGCUUUAUCCUGAGUUUAUUAAGAUUCCUGUUAGUAGACGUAGGUUGAUUGAGACUACACAAGCUUUUGAAGAGCUUACUUCAUUGCCUAACAUGUGUGGUGCUAUAGAUGGGAGCCCAGUUAAGCUCCAUAGAAUUCCCGGUGAUCAAACCGGAGGGAAUUUGUAUAAAUGCAGAUAUGGGUUUCCUUCGAUUUUGUUGCAGGUAGUGGCUGAUCACAAAAAGGUAUUCUGGGAUGUGUGUGUCAAGGCACCAGGUGCUACUGAUGAUGCUACACAUUUUAGGGACAGUUUGUUGUAUAAUAGGCUUGUUUCAGGUGAUGUUGUGUGGGACAAGGUGAUUAAUAUCAGGGGUCACCAUGUGAGGCCUUAUAUUGUUGGGGAUUGGUGUUAUCCUUUGUUGUCAUUCUUGAUGACACCCUUCUCGCCGAACGGGGCAGGGACCCCAGCACAAAACUUGUUUGAUGGGAUGUUAAUGAAGGGGAGGUCUGUGGUGGUGGAGGCUAUUGGAUUGUUGAAGGGGAGGUGGAAGAUCUUGCAGGAUUUGAAUGUGGGUCUUAAUCAUGCCCCACAGACAAUUGUUGCAUGUUGUGUGUUGCAUAAUUUGUGUCAAGUUGCUAGGGAGCCUGAGCCCGAGAUUUGGAAGGAACCUGAUGAGAAUGGGUCUCCUACAAGGGUGCUUGAGAAUGAAAAGUCAUUUCAUUAUUAUGGGAGUAGCUUGAGGCAGGCAUUGGCAGACGAUUUGCACCAAAGGCUUUCUUCAAGAUAGAUGUAUGUUUUGAAAAUGGGAUCUAGCCUUAAUUACUUUGUAUGGAUAAAAUUUACAGUUAUCGUAACUUAGAUGAUUGGAGAUUUCCUUUUGUACUGGUUGUUGAACUACUACUAGAAUGAGUGAGAUAUAGACCUUUGGGUGGUAGUGUUCAUAUGUAAUCAAUUUUAUGCACUUGAUCGGGACAAGCUAACUUCUAAUUUCUAAUUAGAUAGAAUCAUGAGUUGGAAGGGCUGAACUAUUGUCAGUCCCAGGUA